UAUCUUUAUAAUGUUACAUUAUAUAAUAUUUUUUACUCAUAUGUUUCAUUAUAUAAUAUUUUUUUUAUUAAAACAGAAAUAUUUUAAUUAACGUAAGAUUUAAUCAUAUCUUAUAUUACAUAAAAUAUCACUGGUAAUUAAUGAAAAUACUAAAACUUCAUAAAGAUAUUAUCGAACAACAUUAUAGUACUAGAUAUGUUUCCAAAAACUCAAUAAUUAAAUUUGAGUCUAAACAACAUAAACAUUGAAUCAAUUUUUUUAAAUAAAUUCUUGUUAAUUUUCUUUCAAAUAACUUAAUAAAUAUUUCUUAUUCAAAUAUAAACAUUUUUGUGGAUCUAAGAUUUAGUCAUAUGGUAUAUUAUAUAACCUCUUUUAUUAAAACAUAAACAUUUUAAUAAUCUCAAUCUUUAGUCAAAAAUAUAUUUUUUUCAUACAUAUAGACUCAACUAAAUAAUAGAAAACGUUGAAAAAUGUAUAACUGUUUUUGUUGUGUGCAAGUUUAGAUACUACAAAAUAAUUUCAGUUAAUUUUAAAUAAGUUAAAUUAAUAGAUUAUUUUAUUUAUAUUUUCAUAAAUAAAAAAACUCCUUUUAUCUAAAAUUAAAUAAGUUUUCAUAUUAAAUUAAAUCAUGUAUAUAAAUAAAAUAUUAGGUUAAAUAAAUUGACAUCAUAUAAUUUUUAUAAUUAAAAAAUUAUCAAAAAUAUAUAUCAAACAUUUUAUCAAAUAAAUUAAAAAAUAUUAAAAUUUCAUAAAAAUAUCAAACAGUUGUCAUGUCUUUUCAUUUAAAUACUUAAAAAUUGUUUUCUUUUCACAUUAAUCUAUAUAUUGCAAACCAAAAUCUCAAAAAUUGUAUUUACCAGUUUAGGAAAAGUAUUAACAAACACUGACAUUUUACUUUAGCUUUAUAUAUUUAUUCUGGAUUACAUUGUGUGAAAUGUGAACAAUAAAGUUUACAUUACAAAAAAUCUGCUAGUUUUACCUUUGCUGAGAUUUAGUUAGUAUGUCAUUUAUCACUUUGACCUGUUAAAAAUUCAUAAUAUAUAACAUAAUCUCUUGUUCCCAGAAAAAAGUAACAUAAUCUCUAUGUUUUGUUAUAUAAUCUAAGUAUCAAACUCUAGUAAAAAUAAAAAUAAAAAUAAAAAUAAAAAUAAAAAGAAAUUUGACUUUUAAUGAUAUAAUAUAAAAACCAUAAAUUACAACUACUAUUGUUAAAGGGAACAAGAGGCUUUGCUACUGACAUCUGGACGAGAGACUAUUGAUGAACAGAACAGCCUGGAAAAUUUUAUUGACGAUGUCAUCAUAUUUAGCAAUAAUAAUUUAACGAAGGAAACAUAAUAAUCUCCUAACAAAUCUACGCGGAGAACAUUUAAUACUAUGAAAUUGUAAUAUUUGGAUAACAAAUAAUAAGAAACUAGCGUAUAUAAAUGGAGAAAACAUACGACCAAAUUCAAAACAAAAAAAAUCUCGCCGUGUCCUAAGCGAGGAAAAGAAAUGGAGUUAUUCACCAGAGGUUCCGCCAUUAGAUUACGCAGCUGUCACGAAAAUUACCUCUUCGCCGUUGACGACGAAAAAGCCGUCCGUCAAAGCUCUGACGGAACGUCACGGCAAUCGGUAUGGACGGUGGAGAUGGUGCCACGCAAGCCCAAUUUCAUCCGUCUCAAGAGCUGUUACGGCAAAUACCUAACGGCGAGCGAGUCGUCGUUUUUUCUCGGUGUCACAGGCCAUAAAGUCGUCCAAACGCCGCCGUUUCGUCAGGCGGAGCACGAGAGCAACUGGGAGCCGAUCAGAGACGAGUUGCCGGUCAAACUCAUGUCGUGGAACGGGACAUAUUUGCGCGGGAACGGUGGAUCGCCGCCGUGGAAAAACUCCGUCACGCACGAUCAUGAGCCGCACGUGCAUAAGAAAUGGAUCUCGUGGACCGUCGAGGUCGUUGAGAAUCCUGAGAAUGUUUCGUUCGCUGAUGGCUUUUCGUCGCCGGCUUCGAGUUUUAACUCCGCGGUCAACGACGAGUCAUCGGUUAAAGAAUCACCGACAUUUGGAUCUUCCGAGUCCAUCGGGUCGGAUCCUGUCUCAGUUUCUUCUUCGAAGCUUAUGUUUACUCCGUCAAUGUCGGAGACAUCAACCCCCAAACCAACAGAGAAAAAAGAUUCGACGAAAUUUGAUGAAUAUUCAUCAGCGAUUGAUAUCUUUCGGAUUGCGAAAUCGGUGAGACUGCGAAGCAACGUACACGAGAAGUAUUUAAUUGCAGAUGAUAACGAGGAGAGUGUGGUAAUGGGCCGGAACGGGUCAUCGAAAGAGGCCCGAUGGAGAGUUGAAUUGGUACCCGGAUCAGGUGUGAUCCGGUUAAAGAGCUGCCACGGUGGAUACUUGACUGCCUCUAACGAGAGGAUGAUGCUGCGAGCGACGGGGCAUAAGGUGGUUCAGUCGAGGAGGACCGGAGAUGGUGAUCCGGCGGGAGAGUGGAAGCCGGUUACGGAUGGGUCAAAGGUGAAGCUGAAGAGUCGAAACGGCGGGAAUUUUCUGAGAGCCAAUGGGGGAAUGCCACCUUGGAGGAAUUCGGUUACGCAUGAUAUACCGAACCGGAGUGCUACGCAGGAUUGUGUGGUUUGGGAAGUUGACGUGGUCGAGAUUAUGGAGCGUUCACAUGAGACCGGUUAAUCAAUGGCCUUGAACUUGUCUAAAGUUUUACUUUAAACCCAAAAAGUUUAACUAAUCGAUUUAAUUAUCAUUUUGUUUGCAACAUCUUUAAUAUGUAGUUUCUUUGAUAGAAGUUUAUUGAUUGGAUUUAUAAUUGGAUUUUUUUUUUUCA